AUGAAUUACUGUGCCCCGGAAGGUCUUAAAUGGAUUUUCAACCCACCAGCAUCUCCCUGGAUGGGUGGUGUAUGGGAAAGGCUUGUUGGAUCUGUGAAAAGAAGUUUCCAAAAAUCAGUUGGAAGAAAAAAACUGUCAUUUGAACAUAUGGCUACUGUAGUCACUCCUAUAGAGGCAAUUAUAGAUACACGUCUACUCACAAAACUCUCAGCAAUUGAUCUUUCUGAAAUUCUACUCGGAACUAUUGACUUUCUACAAGGAAAUUUCAAAUUCUCAAUUGCAAACUCUGAAAUGUCCAAUUUCAGAAACGAUCCCACAUUUGAGCCAAAGUUGAUACAGACAGCUGCUCAAGCUUACGAAGCGCUUGCAUCUUCAGAAAACAUUGCAAUAAAGUUCUGGGAGAAAUGGAACACUGAAUAUCUUAGUAUUUUACGCGACAGCCACAGAUGCUAA